UGGUCUCAAUUUUUAUUUAUUGCAACUGAACUAAAGAAAACAACGAAAGAAAAGUGUCAUUGUGCAUGCGUAUAAACAACACAUUAUUACAUCAUUAUAAUGCAACAAGAAUGAAAGUUGCAGGGAAUUUCAUAUGGGCUACUGACCUCUCUCCCCUCAUUUUAAGAACCACUACGCUAGAUCUGUAAAUUAUAUGACAUUCUUCGUUCACAAAACGUUCAUUUUAUUCAAGAUUUAUAAUGGAGGCCGCAGGAUCUUCAAAAAUGACGAUACUGGAGGAUGUCAGUGGAUUUGAGGAUCGAAAAAAUUCAAUAUUAUACUGCCAACCUACGGGUAUUGGAAAUAACAUUCAAAACAAACAUGAAUCAAAUAAUAAUGUGAUAUUUUUUCCUGGCGAUGUGCAAGAUUUUGUAGAGAAUAUGAAAGAACAUCAUAAUAGCAAAGAAUGGGUAGAGUUUAGCUAUGAAAAAACUGUUGAAUUAUUUUCACAAAAAUUUUCAGGAAGCCAUAUAUGGCUUAUUUCACCUUCAAAGAAAAUUUAUAAAACAUUCAGCAUUUAUAAAAAUUUUGUCAAGAGCGAAGGAUUAUUUGGAAUACCUGAGUACACUGGCGAUUAUAAUGGACUACUACAUCUUCAAAAACUAUUUACAAACGCGCAUGGACUUGUUUUCAAAGACAAAAAUGCUUCUAAAAGUUUGAAUAAUGAUUACACUAUUACUUUAUCAGCUUUUAGCAAAGGCUGUAUAGUCCUGAACCAAUUUUUAUAUGAGGUAGCAGAAUUUUCACGAACUGACAAUCAUGUUGAACAUAAUCAAAAUUCUGGUAAUGUUUUACCAUUUAUCAGUCGCAUUAAAAACCUAUAUUGGCUGGAUGGAGGACACAGUGGUGAAAAAGACAUUUGGGUAAAGGAUAAAGAUGUUUUAAAAAGCUUAAAAACUGGGAAAUGGUGCGAAAAUAUUAAAAUUUUUAUCCAUCUUACGCCGUACCAAGUCAAAGAUAAAAUUCAUCCCUGGAAAGGUGAGGAAGAAGCAGAAUUUGUGUCAGGCUUGACAGAACUUGGUGUCAAUUUUGUCGAAAAAUUGCAUUUUGAUACCGGCGAUGAUGAUGAUGAAAUAAUAGAUAAAGAAGCUUCAUUAAGAAAACAUUUCGAAGUUAUGAAUGUUUUCGUCGGGGAGUAGAACAAAUAAAACAAUGCCCAUCACUGCCCGAAAUGAAUCAUAUGAUCAAAAUAUAAUAUUUAUUUAUUCUGAAAUUUGUGAAAAAUACAAGAUGCCAAUCAAAUCA